UUUGUGGGGGUGAGAACAAGCGACCUGGUUUGCUUAGUUGAGAACAAGCCACCUGGUUGGUACUCAUGCAUUGGAACCCCACAAUGACAUGGUCAUCAGGCGCACCUUCUUUACUUACUGAUUCAAGAAAGGAAGUGCAGGAGGGCCAGAAAGGCCGAAAGGUUUCAGGGAGAAGAAGUCAGUGUGCUGUGCAUGGGUCAGAACCAGCCAACUGAUUGUGGUCAGGAUAAUAAACUGCAGACAUAAUAAGAUAAUAACAUGUCAGAUUCCCCAACAGAUAAUGACUUCUUUUCGGUUGUCACACAAAGUUUAAGAGAGCUAUCCACUGAAGAACAAGAAAAGCUUGAUAAAGACAAACAAGUUCUUAAUGAUUUUAAACAAAAUAAACUUGAAAAAGAGGCAGAGAAAAACUGGGACUUGUUCUACAAAAGAAACACAACCAAGUUUUUCAAGGACAGACAUUGGACUAAAAGAGAAUUUACCGAACUGACUCAUUUCAAGGAUGGCGAAAGAUUGGUUGUAUUUGAAGUCGGAUGUGGUGUAGGCAACUUCAUGUUCCCACUGUUAGAAGAAGAGCAAAAUGUUUUCUUUUAUGCCUGCGAUUUUUCAAAACGAGCAGUAGAAUUUGUCAAGGAGAAUCCGAAAUACGACAAGGACCGCUGCCACGCCUUCCAAUGUGACAUCACACAAGAUGUAGUUACUGACAACGUUCCAGCAAUCAGUGUAGAUGUGGUCACUAUGAUAUUUGUCCUGUCCGCUAUACAUCCCGAUAAAAUGAUCAUGGCACUGAAAAACAUAUUUGAGGUGCUGAAGCCAGACGGAUGUCUUUUAUUGAGAGACUAUGGUUUGUACGACUAUGCGAUGCUAAGGUUCACACCAGGUCACAAACUGGCAGAGAAUUUCUACGUCCGGCAAGAUGGGACUAAAGCCUUCUAUUUUACUAUAGAAAAGCUGACUUCUCUAGCCUCCGAAGCUGGGUUUUCUGUGAACACGUGUGAAUAUGUGCAUCGGAAAACCGUGAACAAAAAAGAGGGACUUUGUGUUCCGAGAAUAUUUGUGCAAGCAAAGUUCGUAAAGCAGAUCAACCACGUAUACUCAGAUAGAAAAUCACAGUUGGAUUCAUGUUUUGAGAAUGUUAAACUUGACAUUGGUGAAGAUGGAGUUUCUUGAUUGAUAAUGUUUCUGUCGAAGGGUAAUAGAAACAUGUUUUUUUUCUGAAAGUCCUUUGAUUUUUAUGCCCCCCUUCGAAGAAGAGGGGGUAUAUUGCUUUGCUCAUGUCGGUCGGUCUGUCGGUCGGUCCGUCCACCAGGUGGUUGUCAGACGAUAACUCAAGAACGCUUGGGCCUAGGAUCAUGAAACUUCAUAGGUACAUUGAUCAUGACUCGCAGAUGACCCCUAUUGAUUUUGAGGUCACUAUGUCAAAGGUCAAGGUCACGGUGACCAGAAAUAGCAAAAUGGUUUUUGAAUGAUAACUCAAGAACGCAUACGCCUAGGAUCAUGAAACUUCAUGGGUAGAUUGAUCAUGACUUGCAGAUAACCCCUAUUGAUUUUGAGGCCACUAGGUCAAAGGUCAAGGUCACGGUGACCCGAAAUAGUAAAAUGGUUUCCGGAUGAUAACUCAAGAAUGCAUAUGCCUAGGAUCAUGAAACUUCAUGGGUUGAUUGAUCAUGACUCGCAGAUGACCCCUAUUGAUUUUGAGGUCACUAGGUCAAAGGUCAAGGUAACGGUGACCCGAAAUAGUAAAAUGGUUUUCGGAUGAUAACUCAAGAAUGCAUACGCCUUGGAUCAUGAAACUUCAUAGGUAGAUUGAUCAUGACUUGCAGAUUACCCCUAUUGAUUUUGAGGUCACAAGGUCAAAGGUCAAGGUGACGGUGACCCGAAAUAGUAAAAUGAUUUUCGGAUGAUAACUCAAGAACGCUUUUGCCUAGGAUCAUGACACUUCAUAGGUACAUUGAUUGUGACCCACAGAUGACCCCUAUUGAUUUUCAGGUCACUAGGUCAAAGGUCAAGGUCACAGUGACAAAAAUCGUAUUCACACAAUGGCUGCCACUACAACGGACAGCCCAUAUGGGGGGCAUGCAUGUUUUACAAACAGCCCUUGUUUUAAUUAGGUUUUCGAAGCUAAUAAAGAAAUAUUCUGAGGUAAUUAUUGUAUUUGUCAAGAUUCUGGAUUAAAUAUCAAUAUGCACUUAUUUUAAAGAGAUAAAAUUAUGUUAUAAUUGUAUUGAAGGUUAACUCUAUUGCAGUUUCUAGAAAUGAUUCGUAAGCCUCUGUAAAGCCAAACAAAUAUUGAGUUUGAUUUGUCUAGUGUAUUUAUAAAAUAAUGUAGCCUGACCAUAUAUAGUCUUCCUACUUGCGACAGUGUAUUUAUAAAAUAAAGUAGCGUGACCAUA